AUGAUCCCAGGACUGACUUUGUGCUUUCGAGGAUCCAUGUGUGGUGUUCUUGAGACACGGACUCUGGUUUCACAUGCAGACUUCUGGCCGGGGUUCUCCGAAGUGUCAAAGGACUGGGUCCUCCAGAACUGGCAUCCUAAUGUUUUCCGAACUUCCAACAGAGCUUUUGUUCUGGAUUUGCAGAUACCUCCAAACGAAUCACAUCCUGAACUUAUGCUUGAUAUGUCGCCGAACCAGUAUCAUUUCACUGAAGCGCUCUUCCGCUCCCUUUUGGUCGAUAAAGUCCCGCCGCUUUUUCGUGCCGUGGCGGCCCAAAGAUUGGACAUAGCAGCGCGAUUCAUUGAAGAAUACCACCUAAAUAUUGACUCUGAAUACGCAGGGAAGAAUGUGCUUCUUCUUGCUAUUGACCUACAAUACCCAGAGGCCGUGGGUCUGAUACUCGAAUAUCAACCUAAUCUUCGCUACUCUUACGACUUUGGCGGCCGAGGCCCGCUAUCACUAGCCGUGAUUGACGAAAACGCUGCUAUUGUUGAGCGCCUUCUUCAAUAUCAAGAGAUUGAUGUCAACGAUCGAUGCUCGGAUGGACAUUCUGCGAUGGUGUACGCGGUCAAUCGUCGCGAGUAUUACAUUUUAAAUCUUUUGCUGGAUGAUUGUCGAGCGCACGUCAAUAUCACGGAUCAUCUCGGCUGGACGCCACUACAUUAUGCAAUUUUUGAGAAGAACCAUAUUGCAGUGGAGAUGCUGGCGACGCACGCGGGAAUCAAUGUUCACCGCCAAAGCUCACAACAUGAUCCGCCUCUUGUGUUGGCCCCGGGUGUGUGCAUCAAUGCCCAGACAACACAGGUCGUGCCUCCGCUUUGGUUCGCAAGCCGCGCAGGCAACACUCCCGCAGUGGAGGCACUCCUUCGUUUGGAAUCAGUCAAGGUCAACCAGAAAAGCCCUACUGGAACUACACCCCUCCAAGUCGCUGUUGUAUUCUACAAGUUGCCUGUUGUUUUCGCUCUCCUCCGACAAGAAAACAGAAUCUACAUCAACGCCCGCGGUCGUCAACAAGGGACUGCGGUUUUCUUUGCCGCAUCCACUGGGUGUGUCUCGAGGAUCCACAGCCCUGGGUUCACGGAAGAGGCAGAAGUGUUGUUUGGAACGGGGUUCGUUAAACAGAGGUACCGGAUUGACCUUCUAGUCUCAAGCUGA